UCUUGCAGGUCGUUUCCAACCUUGUGAUUCUGUGAUUCUUCCUGUUUAUUUCCCAUACUGCGCGCAUUAGUGUAUAGACACUUUAGGGAAGCAGCAUUCUCCUGCCACACUCCAUCCCUUCGAACUCCACCCUCAUCACCCAUCAAGUUCUCUUUUGAACCUCAAACUACCUGAACAUCAGCAGCCCUCAUUUUGUCCUCUUCCCCCUUCUUACCUAGUUUAAAGACCUUUCAAUGAGGCCUGCCAGCUCCUGGGCUAGGAUCCUUUUACCCCUUGCAGACAGGUGAGCUCCAUCUGCAGCCGUCAUGCCAGGAGCUGAGUAAAUUGCCCCAUGGUCAAACAAACCAACGUUCUUGUGCGUGUACCAGCCUCUAAGCCAUUUAUUGAUGAGGAGGGUAUUUUUUAUCCUCUCAGUGUCCUUCCCCACCACUGAAGGGAUAGAAGAGAAGACCACCUGCACUCCCGCACCAUCCAGUACCCUCCCCAGGCCCUUGAAGUCAUUCUUGAUAGCCCUUAGGCUUCUCUUGGCAGCAUCAUCACUGCCAACCUGAACUACCAAUAAGGGGUAGUAGUCAGAUGGGUGAAUAAGCCCAGGAAGCUUUCUAGAGAUGUCCCUGACCCGUGCCCUAGGGAGGCAGCACACUUCCCUCCGGGUGGGGUCAGGUCGACAUAUAGGGCCCUCAGUUCCUUUUAGAAGGGAAUCACCUACAACUAUCACCCUCCUUUCUUUACUGGAAGAGGCGGUCUUCAAGCGUGGAGCCGACCGCCUCUCCUUGGCAAAGCUCGGAGGCUGUUUCACCACCUCAUUCUCAGCCUCCUCACCCUCCAGUUCCAGGGUUUCAAACCUAUUACUUAGAGGCACUUGAGGAACCGAGGUAGGUCAGGAAGGGCGCCGCCUGUGUCGCUGAGGUGGGACGUGCUGCCAUUCCUCUUCUCCUCUCAAGUCAGCUCUCUCGGUUUGACUACGGCAAGGGAGAGAGUCCACUACAGGCUGGGGGUUGCAAUCUCUGCUUGUUUCUCGCAGAGAGUUACACCACCAGUCUAUCUCCCUCUUGCAGUCUCUAAUGGAUCUUAACCUCUCCACCUCCUCCCUAAGCUCCACCACAAGGCUGAGCAGCUCAUCCACCUGCUUGCACCUCACGCAGGUGGCAUCCCUCCCAUUGUCCCCCAGCAGCAGCAGACUCAGGCAAUCCCUGCAGCCAGAGACUUGAACUGCCACAGUUCUGGGCAGUCCCUCUGUCUGGGUUGCCACAGUCUUCUUGGAGCAAGCCCGCCGUCUGGUAGAGACCAUGUUUGAACUUACAGUCUCUGGGUCAGUGAGUGGGAGAGCGGUCACCUGAGCAAGGACAAGAACAAUUACGUGUCCUGCCACAAGACCAACCUCGCACACCUACGGGUGCGGCAAUGGGCAGCGCAGGCUGUGCUCACACACUGCCUGCCCUCCCUGUUAGCAGUUAGCAGUGGGCAGCAACAUCCUUUUUUCACCGGGUACGUUAGGUGGGCGGGAGCUAGCUGAGGGAGAGCCCCUCCCAGGGGCUGCUUAUAGCCUCACGGAAAAAGGUGGAAGAGAAUCAUAGAAUCACAGAAUCGCAAGGUUGGAAACGACCUGCAAGAUCAUCUAGUCCAACCCCCCUCCCAUUCCUAUUAGUACCACAAGCUACUAAACCAGCUCUCGUAGCUCCUCAUCCAGGCGCCCCUUGAACACUGCCAGGGACGGCGACUCCACCACCUCCCUGGGCAGGCCGUUCCAGUGCCUGACCACCCUCUGAGAGAAAAAGUUUCUCCUCAUGUCCAACCUAAACCUCCUCUGGUACAACUUCUGUCCAUUUCCUCAGGUCCUACUAUUUGCCUGGGAGAAGAGGCCAGACCCUUUUACAUCACAACCUCCCUUCAGGAAGUUGUAAAGUGCAAUGAGGUCUCCCCUGAGCCUCCUCUUCUGCAGACUGAACAAUCCCAGCUCCCUCAGCUGCUCCUCAUCAGCCUUGUGCUCCAGACCCCUCACCAGUUUCGCUGCCCUUCUCUGGACACGUUCCAGGGCCUCAAUGUCUUUCUUGUAGUGAGGGCCCAAAACUGAACACAAUACUCGAGGUGCGGCCUCACCAGUGCCGAGUACAGGGGGACGAUCACCUCCCUGCUCCUGCUGGCCACACUAUUUCUAAUGCAGGCCAGGAUGCCGUUGGCCCUCUUGGCCACCUGGGCACACUGUUGGCUCAUGUUCAGCCGAGCAUCAACCUACACUCCCAGGUCCCUUUCCUCUUCACAGUCAUCCAACCACUCAUCCCCAAGCCUGUAGCGUUGCAUGGGGUUGUUGUGGCCAAAGUGCAGGACCCAACACUUGGCCUUGUUGAACCUCAUCCCAUUCACCUCAGCCCAGCGAUCCAACUUAUCUAGAUACCUCUGCAGGGCCUCCCUACCCUCAGGCAGAUCCACACCACCUCCCAACUUGGUGUCAUCUGCAAACUUACUCAGGGUACACUCAAUCCCUUCAUCUAAGUCGUCAAUGAAGAUAUUAAACAGGAUGGGCCCCAGCACCGACCCCUGGGGGACACCACUUGAAACAGGUCACCAGCUAGACUUCACUCCAUUGACCACCACCUAUUGAGCACGGCCCUCCAGCCAGUUCCUUAUCCAAUGGAGGGUAAAACUGUCCAAGCCACGGGCAGCCAGUUUCCGCAGAAGGAUACUGUGAGAGACCAUGUCAAAGGCUUUGCUGAAGUCUAGGUAGACGACAUCAACAGCCUUUCCCUCAUCUAUAUUUAUCUAUCUAUCUUUCCUGAUCUAAAUGUGUAUGUUUGGUGGCCCUGCUAGGCAGGGGGAUUGGAACUACAUGAUCCUUGAGGUCCCUUCCAACCCGGGUGAUUCUGUGAUUCUGUGAUCUACCAGUGUGAUUCUGUGAUCUACCAGUCUGGUCACCCAGUCGUAGAAAGAGAUGAGGUUGUUCAAACACGACCUGCCUUUCAUGAACCCAUGCUGGCUGGGCCUGAUCCCGUGGACAUCACGCACGAGCCGUGUGAUCUCUCCCACGAGGAUUUGUUCCAUGACCUUCCCUGGCACUGAUGUCAGGCUGACAGGCCUGUAGUUCCCCGGAUCCUCCUUACGGCCCUUCUUGUAGAUGGGAGUCACAUCAGCAAGCCUCCAAUCCUCUGGAACCUCUCCAGUCAACCAGGAGCACUGGUAGAUAGCCGAGAGCGGCUUAGCAAUCACCCCCGCCAACUCCCUCAGCACCCUAGGAUGAAGCCCAUCCGGUCCCAUGGACUUGUGACUGUCCAGAUGGAGGAGGAGCUCCCUAACGGCCUCCACCUCAAUCUCCGGGGGGACAUUCUGUGUAUCAGCCCAGAUAUCCAGAUCAGGGCACAAAGUGUCCUGAAGAUAACUGGUCUGACUAUUAAAGGCAGAUGUAAAGAAGGCGUUGAAGACCUCAACCUUCUCCUUGUCUUCCGUGGUCACAUUCCCUGCCACAUCAAUUAAAGGACAGAGAUUAUCCCUGGUUCUUCUCUUGCCAUUGAUAUAUUUGUAAAAGGAUUUCUUAUCCUCCUUUACUGCAGUGGCCAAUCUAAGUUCAAGAUGGGCUUUUGCCUUCCGGACUUCCUCCCUGCAUACCUUAGCAACUUCCUUGUAGUCUCCCCUUGUAGAGAGAACAGCCUCUGCAGAGAUCUAGGAAACCCGAAAUCCCAGUAUUAGCACUGGAAGCCUCCGGAGAGGAGGAGGUAAAACUGAAAUAUGAUGUUAGUAGUUUAUGUAAUGAUGAGUUUGGAAAGUGAAAAGUUUGAAAAGGACACAGUCUGAGGAAGGCAAAGGGUGUAACAGGGAUGUCAGGACUGAAGAGAGGUGAGCGAUGUGAAGGAAAAACAAAACAAACAAAAACUGAUUGAGAAACAGAGACAGUAAGAAAUUGGGAAUAACAGUAGCUGUUACUGUUGCAGCACUGGAGAAGGGCUGGAAGAGCCCAGAGUGGGCUGCGCCCCACUGGAAUGAAAAUAAAGUAUAAAUUACUGAGAAAGAGGGAACCGUUUCUGGUUGCAAAGAUGAAGGAUGGGAAUUUGGGAAGUUUACUCUAGCAGAUCCACUGGUUAAAUUGCAGCUAGGGGAGCAGGAUCAAGUGGUUUAUCUUUUGGUGGAUGCGGGUGCCUCUUAACAGACAUUGGUGAUUUUGUAACAGCAGUAGGAGCUAAUGCCCAAUAAGAUAAGGCUUACUUUUUGGGAUCAAUUAAAUAUAGGCUGAGAAAACAAGUAGGAAUACAUAAAUUCUUGUACAUGCCAGGAUGCUCUAGCAAGAAAUUAAAUAAAACUGGAGCUAAGGAUCAAACAACAUUAACUGAUUGAGAAUUGUAAGUCUGCCUUUAACAUAAACUAGGAAAAACAAGGUUGUAGCCCCAGAAGUUACAGAAAUCUUGAGUAAGAUAUGCUUAGGAGUGUGGGUAUCAGGGAUAUCUGGCAGAGCCUAAAAUGCAGUCCUAAAUAGAAGUGAAGUCAUAAGCAAGAGUUAGCCCAGUCAGGGUAAAGCAGUGCCCUUUGAGGAUAUGUGACUGUAGGCGGAUAAAAGAAAUAAUUGAUAAUUUUGGGAUAAUUUGGAUUACUAAUUGAAUAUGAAUCUCAAUACAAUACUCCAAACCUGCCAACAACAGCAAAAAUUUGGAAAGCAAGUGCUAUAGUUUGGUACAAGAUUUGAGGGCAAGUAAUAGAACAGUUGAAUGCAUACACUCGGUGGUGAAAAAUCCAUACACUUCAUUAACCAAGUUAAGGAAUGAGUAAGUGGAGUUUACCUUCUGGAUUUGAAGGAUGCCCUUUCUGCCCGGUUUGGCCAAAGGAAGCCUAAGGUUAUUUGCCUUUGAAUAGAAAAGCCCCAGUAUGGGGAGAAAAGACUCAGUCUGAACAGUGUUACCCAGGGUUGUGAGAACAGCUCAGUGAUUUUUGAGAACUGGUCAACUUAUGAACCGGAGACUUGGGUUCCUCCAUCCCAGGGUGGAACCUUACUGCAGUGCGUGGAUGUCACAAAAAAAACAAAAGAGGACAGUGUGCAAUGGACUGUGAGUUUGCUGAAUUUCUUGGUUUAAAUGAUUAUCAAGUUUCUCAACAGAAAGCACAAGUCCACAGUAUGCAACAUGUUUGGGAUAUGAGAUUACAGCUGGACUUCAACCCUUAACGACUGUCAGGAAAGAAGCCAUCUGCCAAACCCCUGAGCCACAAACUGCCAAGGAACUCCAUGCGUUCCCAGGAAUGACAGGAUGUUGCCGACCGUGGAUACGCAGCUACGGACUGUUGGUAAAGCCAAAAUAUUAUAUGAAACGGGGAGGCAAGGUGGGCAUUCCCUCAGCUGAAAUAAGAACUCAUGAAGGCCCUCUGCUCUGGGGCUACCAGAAAUGCUCACAUAAUAAAACAAGGAAUGGCCUUGGAAGUCCUUGCCCAGAACCUUGGACCCUAUCAAAGGGCAGGGGCGCACUUCUCCAAACAGCUUGAUGAAGUGAGUAAGGAAUGGCCGGGGUGCUUGAGGGUGGUGGCUGUACUACUACUCAAUAUUCAAGAAGCCAAUGAAGUUAUGCUAGGCCAAAGAAUAACAGUUUUAAUAUCUCAUACAGUGUCUACUGUAUUGGAGGUAAAAGAGGGGCAUUGGCUCUCGCCCCAAAGGUUCCUGAAAUCCCAGGCCAUCCUGGUAGAGCAGGAUGAUGUAGAAUUAAUUGUAACUAAUAUUGUCAACCCAGUACAUUUCCUUAGCGGAACUCCUGGAGAACCAAAGCAGUAUUUCAUGACUGCUUUGAAACAACUGAAGCUGCAUAUUCCAGCCAGUUGGACCUGAAGGACAAACCCUUAGAAGAUGCAGAAGACACCUGGUUUACCAACGGUAGCAGUUUUGUGAGAUAAGGAAACUGUAAGGCAGGAUAUGCAGUAGCUGCAACUGACAAGGUAAUCGAAGCCCUUUCCCUCAAAAGGCUGAAAUAACUGCCUGGACAGGAGCCUUAAUGAUAUGGACAGAUGCUAAUUAUGUAUUUGGGAUGCUACACACUCGUAGUACCAUCUGAAAAGAGCAAGGAUUGCACACACAAGCAAAACAACAUGAUGUAAAUCUACCAAAGAGCGUGCUAUUAUGCAUUGUAAAGGACAUCAGAAAGGUAACACUGUACAGGAAACUGGAAAUAAGAUGAUGGGUGGCAGGACAGGUAGUUGAAGAAGGCUUUAAUUCUAGACGGUAAACUUAAAAUCUCUAAACCUGAAUCAGAACCUGUAAAAUAUUCUAGAGAAGAUAGCAAUCUAAUUAAUGAUUUAGAAGGGAGGGCAACAAUGGCAAAUUGAUUUCUUGGAACUCCUAAGAAAAGGGGGGUAUCGCUGUAUGUUGGUACGAACUGAUACCUUUUUACAGUGGCCAGAGGGAUUCCCAUGUAUAACUAAUAAGGCACGUGGAGUAACUACAGUAUUGGUAUAGGAGGUUAUUCCAAGAUGCUGAGGAACUACUUGGUCUGUCAAGGAAAGUACACCGUCGAAAGUUAAACUCAUAAGGAAAAGAUGAGUUGGUUACUUAUUUGCUUUAUUUCAGUGUACAUGGGGUUGUGUCUGUGGCAAGUUGAUGUGUGCUGUUACAUUUUGUAUUUUGGUUGCAAUAGUACUAUGUUUUGUGUUUUAUUUGGGGUGAGGGGUCUGGAACACAGGCCAUAUGAGGAGAGGCUGAAGGAGCUGGGAAUGUUCAGCCUGGAGAAGAGGAGGCUCAGGGGAGACCUCAUUGCUCUCUAUAACUUCCUGAAGGGAGGUUGUAGUGAGCUGGGGGUCGGCCUCUUCUCUCGUGUCAUUAGUGAUAGGACCAGGGGGAAUGGUUUCAAGCUACGGCAGGGGAGAUUCAGGCUGGACAUUAGGAAGUAUUACUUUUCAGAAAGGGUGGUCAGGCACUGGAAUGGACUGCCCAGGGAGGUGGUGGAGUCACCAACCCUGGGGAUGUUCAAGGAAAGGCUGGAAGUUGUGUUGAGGGACAUGGUUUAGUGGGAGCUAUUGGGAAUAGGUGAACGGUUGGACUGGAUGAUCUUUUAGGUCUUUUCCAACCUUGGUGAUUCUAUGAUUCUAUGAUUUAUUUAUUUGUUAUUGUUAAAUGUGUGAUUGUCACUGUUCUCCCUUCUAUUUGGAUCAACCUUACAUUUUGUCAUGGUUCUAUGUUUUUUUGUUUUUGGGCUUCAGUAUUCCACAUCAAAACAUCAUGUAGUGUACGGGGCAUUAAAGUGUUAACGCCCCAAUUCCAGGUACCUAUCCCUGUACAUGACAUAAGUCACGGGAUCUGGCCCUUCCGGGUGGGGGGGGGCGCUCUCUUGCUGCCUUGCAGUGGGUGCUGGAGGGUGCUUUCCUAGCCGUUCCAAGCUGUUCAGGUUUGACUCGGCCCUGGGAACUCUCUCUCUCAUCUUGUCUGAUUUAUUAAUCUCAGUUUCAAUUAAAUUGUAUAUAUUGUGUUACCUUGUAUUCCGAUAUUAUAGUAAAAUAAGUUUUCCUCCAUAGAUUGUUGCCGCUGCUCUUUUCCUCCCUUCUUUCCUUCCUUCCCAUUUUUGUGGGACUGGGGUGGGGGGGGAGGGCAGAGGCCUGUCGCCCCUGUCACGGACAUAGAUUGAUCUAGUCACCAUAUUAGGUCUUGAAAAACAAGUCCUAUGGCAACAUAGCACUGCAGAAAGAACUGAGUCAGAUAAUGGGACUCUUUUCAAAAAUUCUCUUGUAAAUACUUGGGCCAAAGAUCAUGGCAUCGAGUGGAUUUAUCAUAUCCCCUAUCAUGCACCAGCUUCUGGUAAAAUUGAACGCUACAAUGGGUUGUUAAAAACCGUGUUGAAAGCAAUGGGUGGUGGAGCAUUCAGGCAUUGGGAGAAGCAUUUAGCAGAAGCCACCUGGUUGGUCAAUACUAGAGGAUCGAUCAAUUGCGAUGGUCCUGCUCAAUCCAGCUCUCUACAUACUGUAGAAAGAGAUAAGGUCCCUGUAGUACAUGUAAAGAACAUGUUGGGAAAAGCAGUUUGGGUCUUUCCAGUUUCUGGAAAGGCCAAACCUCUUCGAAGAACUGCUUUGGCCCAGGGACCUAGGUCCACAUGGUGGGUGAUGCAGGAAAAUUGGUAUGUUGAGUAUGUACCUCAAGGGAAUUUGAUGUUGGGGGAGUGCAGUCAGUAAUACCAUGUAUAUAUAUAUAUGUGUGCGUGUGUUUAAUGCUUGUUAAUUAUUGCUUGUAUAUAUUAAGCAUGAUGUAGAGAUGAGGAAUAAGGGGUGGAAUGUCGUGGUUUUAUGAUUUUUGGUUAUUGGUAUUCCACAUCAUAACAUCAUGUAGUGCACUCGGAGUUAAAGAGUUAAUACUCCAGUUGCAGGUACCUGAAGAGAAGAACUACAUCUCCCAAAGGACUGUUCGCUGUUCUGUUACCAUUUCCACUCAGAGGGAAAAGAUAAAAAGUGUUCGUGGAUAAUGAGACGCCAGUUUGUUCCUUUUCAACUCUCUGGCUUGUCUCUGUUUGCUGGUACCAUAUCAUUCCAGCUUGCUUAGAGUAAGGCCUUCGCAGACACUCUCUAAUUUUAUUAGAUUUAUUACCACCAAUUCUAAUUAUAGUGUAUUGGAUUCCAUUAUAGUGUGUUAUCUUUUUCAGGGUUCUGUGUAGUUUUUUUUUGUUUGUUUCUUUGUUUUUAUUUUGGGUUUCAGUAUUCCACAUCAAAACAUCAUGUAGAGUAUGGGGUAUUAAAGUGUUAAUGCCCCAAUCCCUGUACAUUACAGAAGUCACAGGAUCUGGCCCAUCCGGGUAGGGGGGGCGCUCUCUUGCUGCCUUGCAGUGGGUGCUGGAGGUGCUUUCCUAGCCGUUCCAAGCUUUUCAGAUUUGACUCGGCCCUGGGAACUCUCUCUCUCUCAUCUUGUCUGAUUUAUUAAUCCCAAUAUUCAAUUAAAUUGUAUAUAUUGUGUGAUCUUGUAUUCUGAUAUUAUAGUAAAAAAAGUUUUCCUCCAUAGAUUGUUGCCGCUGUUCUUUUCCUCCCUUCCUUCUUUCCCAUUUUUGUGGGACUAGGGUGGGGGGGGAGGGCAGAGGCCUGUCGCCCCUGUCACGGACAUAGAUUGAUCUGCUCAACUCCGUGACUGAUUUUUGGCGCCCAACGUGGGGCUCGACUGCUUUUUAGCUUUUAGAACGAAUCUCUUUUUCUCUCUGCUCUUAGAGAGCUUCGUUAAGGAGCAUUAUCAGUAGUUCAGGUUUCUGUGCUGGAAAACCUGACCUUGAAAGAUUAGGCGUACUGCCAGUGUUCUGGGAUAUUUGUAAACUUUGAGCACUACUUAGUCUGGGUAGUGCCUUUUUUUCCUUUUUUUUCUUUUUUUCUUCUUUUUUUUCAUUCCUCCUCUUGUUGGCUUCAAUUCAUUAACCCUCUUUUUUUUUAGCAAGCACUAACAGGGAUUCUUUACUCCCCAUUCAUAAGUUAAUUCGCCAACUAGAGAGACAGGGAGUGAUCAGCAAAACUCACUCGCCUUUUAACAGCCCCAUAUGGCCAGUGCGUAAAGCCAGUGGAGAAUGGAGGCUGACGGUGGACUACCAUGGCCUGAAUGAAGUCACACCCCCACUGAGUGCUGAUGUGCCGGACAUGUUAGAACUCCAGUAUGAACUGGAGUCAAAAGCGGCCAAAUGGUAUGCCACCAUUGACAUUGCUAAUGCCUUCUUUUCCAUCCCUUUGGCCAAAGAAUGUAAGCCACAGUUUGCUUUCACAUGGAGGGGCGUUCAGUAUACCUGGAACCGUUUGCCCCAGGGGUGGAAACACAGCCCGACCAUUUGCCAUGGGUUGAUCCAAAAUGUAUUGGAACAGGGCAGUGCUCCUGAGCACCUGCAGUACAUUGAUGACAUACUUGUGUGGGGCGAUACAGCAGAAGAAGCCUUCACGAAAGGAGAGCAAAUAAUCCAAAUUCUUCUGAGUGCUGGUUUUGCUAUUAAGCGAAGCAGUGAAAGGACCUGCCCAGGAGAUUCAGUUCCUAGGUAUAAAGUGGCAAGAUGGCCGUCGUCACAUCCCGACAGAUGUGAUCGACAAAAUCACUGCCAUGUCUCCACCCACUAGCAAAAGAGAGACACAAUCUUUUCUGGGUGCAGUGGGCUUUUGGAGAAUGCAUGUUCCAAACUACAGCCUCAUUGUAAGCCUCCUUUAUCAUGUGACGCGAAUGAGAAAUGAGUUUACAUGGGGCCCUGAGCAGCAGCAGGCUUUUGAACAGAUUAAACAGGAGACAGCCCGUGCCGUGGCCCUAGGGCCAGUACGGAAGGGACAGGGUAUAAAGAACAUCCUCUAUACCACUCCUGGAGAGAAUGGUCCCACUUGGACUUUGUGGCAAAGAGCCUCAGGAGAGACCCGAGGCCGACCCCUGGGAUUCUGGAGUCGGGCGUACAGAGGGUCUGAAGAGCGCUACACUCCAACUGAGAAGGAGAUCUUAGCUGCAUAUGAGGGCGUUCGGGCUGCUUCCGAAGUAGUUGGUACUGACACACAGCUCCUUCUGGCACCUCGACUGCCAGUGCUGAACUGGAUGUUCAAGGGAAAGGUUCCCUCUACCCAUCAUGCUACUGAUGCCACUUGGAGCAAGUGGAUUGCACUGAUUACACAACGAGCACGGAUGGGGAACCUCAGCCGUCCAGGAAUCCUAGAGGUCAUCAUGGAGGGGCCUGAAGGCAAAAAGUUUGGAACACCACCAGGAGAAGAAGUAUCACGUGCUAAAGAGGUCCCACCAUACAAUGAACUACCAGAAAAAGAAAAGAAAUAUGCCCUGUUCACAGAUGGAUCACGUUGUACUGUGGGAAAUCAUCGCAGAUGGAAAUCUGCUGUGUGGAGCCCCACACGACAAGUUGCAGAGGCCACUGAAGGGAAAGGCGAACCAAGCCAAUUUGCAGAGGUAAAGGCUGUCCAACUGGCCUUAGAUGUUGCUGAGCGGGAGAGGUGGCCAAUGCUCUAUCUUUACACUGACUCAUGGAUGGUAGCAAAUGCCUUAUGGGGGUGGUUGCAGCAGUGGGAGCAAAAUAAUUGGCAAAGAAGGGGUAAACCUAUUUGGGCUGCUGAACUGUGGAAAGACAUUGCUGCCUGAACAAAGAAUAUGGUUGUAAAGGUGCGCCAUGUAGAUGCUCAUGUGCCCAAGAGUCGGGCUACUGAAGAACAGCAAAAUAACCAUCAGGUAGACCGAGCUGCCAGAAUUGAGGUGGCUCAAAUAGACCUGGAC